UGUGAAGUUGGCUGCGCCAGCUGGAUGCCGGCAAAACAAAAAAGAAACAAAUAAAAAAUUAAAAGCGAAAUGAAUCUAUUCGAAGAGCUUGACACAUUGGAUCCCGGUUCCAAGCAAAUACCGCCACGAAUCGAGACACCCACGCCACAUAAGAUAGCAGUACUUCUGUUACUUAAACAGUAUGUAACGGUUAAAGAAUCCUGGAUUGAGUCAGGCAUUAGCCUGCGUCCACAGAGGCGACGGAUGUUUUGCAUGCUGAUGCUUAAGCUUAUCCAGGAGGCGGAUAUGACCUACAAUGAGCUUCACAAUUUGAUCACAUCGAAGCGCUACAAGUUGGACCCAUUGAUGCUGGAAUCAUUUGAGAAAGCCAUGUCCGAGCUAUGCGGCUCGGGAAGCAUUGAGGCAUUGUUCUACUUCACAGAUAUGGGAAAUAUCGGUGAACUGCUGAAUGAGGAAUACGGUGUCAGCCAAUUCAGUAUGAUGGGCGUCUAUGUGCGGAGAGUGGGCGUGGUAAUGGAGCGACUAAGUUUUGCAGAAAUGAUGGGCAUGUAUAGGAACAUAUGUGCAUACUAUGAGCGUGGAAUUAGAGCUUUGGCUAUAGGACCACGGAAAUUAGUGGCCGGCGGCGUCCUACACAGGCAAAAUGAAGAGACACCUGCCCCAGAAAUAGAAGGAGGAGAUCCAUCGAAAACGGGGGCCAAGGCAAAGGAAAAACUUCUUAGGACACUCGACCGUAAUCCUUUAAGUAAAUGGGCUCCCAAACAGGCAAAGUUCUUCAUUAAUCAACAAUCCGAGCUGCUUGAGAUAAAUGAAUGUCAGGCCCUGCCGCCCAUACAGCUGCAACAGAAGGUGCAUGAGAUUAUCCACGAUUUGCCACUGGCCACCAUGCCCUAUUUUCUAGGAUAUAUGAAUCAACUGCGUGUGCGAGACUAUUUCAAUGCUCUGGCCGCCCUGCAUCGUGCCCUGGACAGGAGUCCUGUUAGACUUAUGAGCCAAGAGAAGGGAUAUCAAUAUUUCUGUGUAAAUCUGGCCAUACUCCAUGCCACCUUCGGGCAUAAGGACGAAGCGCUGGCUGCCCUGCGCGAAAGCAUUAUGCUUGCCCAAGAACAUGGCGAUAAGCGUAGUCUGAACUUGGCCAAUACUUGGUAUUGCCUGCUCAGGGAUGAGUUGCCUUUGAAAUUUGUUCAGCGUGGUGUGCUAGAAGCCACUGAAUCCGAAAGCUCCCUGCUCCAAAAUUACACAUUAGCCUUGCAUUUUGCCGUGAAACUGGGAACAGUAUCCGGGUAUCAGCCAUUGAGACUGUUCGAUCUGUUACAUCAUAGCGACAAUAUGACAAAUCGCAACAAUUUCACCGAGCACGCUUCGGAGGCUUUGUCCCUAAGGAGUACCGUUUGGUGUGCAUAUGGCAAGCAUCAGUUGGCCGCUCUCUAUGCCCAGCUCUUGCUAAUAUCCAAGGACAGGAAUAAGAGUGGAUCAGCCGGUCUGGGCAGUGCUAUGGCUACCUAUGCUCUGUGGCUGCAGCUGCAAGGAGAGCCUCGUAUGUCCCGUGUCUUGUUGCAUUGGGCACGUGAACGCUUUCCGCGUAUACCCAGUGCCGAGUGUUGGAUGAUUAGCCAAUCGCAUGUCAUCAUCCAAUCAGGCAUAUAUCGCUGCCGUUGGCAUGAUGCCCUGAAGGCCUGCGAUCAACUCUACCUACUCGAUCCGUGGGAUUCGAUUCUUCAGCGUUCGGCAAUCUAUGUGGCCAAGCGGGAGUUCUUUAAUGCCCGGCGCCUGCUCGACAAACUGAAUCGCAAGCCAAAGCUGCCUUUUCUGCUCAGGAUAAGAGUUCAAGUAUUACUGGCCUAUUGCAGUCUCGCCGAUGGCAGAUUCUCCAGCGAAACAGUCACUCUGCUGCUACGCGUCUCGGAAGACAUGGCCGCCUCACAGAUGGACUACGAACUAGCUCUGGUUGAUAUGCUUUUGGCUCAGCUUCUCCUUCUUUUGGAUAUGCCGCAAAAGGCAUAUCAAGCCAUCAAGCGGAGCAUGGAUGACAUUCACAUCAAUGGUGGACUCUACGAGCGAGCGAAAACGGACUUCGUUUUCGUACGUUGUCUAAUGGCCAUCACCCCCAACAACAUUGAGUCGCGUAAGAACCAACUGGUCAAGUGCCUGGAUAUAUUGGAGAGAUGUGCACAAUCCUUUAAGAAAUUGUCCGCCCAUGCCAAAGUGUUGGAUGUGUAUGUCUUUCUGGCACAGCGAUUCAAUGAGUUUGGCGAACGUCUCCUCAGAAAUAAAUAUGCUGGAGAGUUUCGACGUUAUUUUAUGGUUCAUCCCAUACCACGAGAGUAUUUGGGCAGCCCAUAGAUUUCCAUAUGUGAUUCAUAGAUUAUAAUGAAGAAGUUUCAUGCAAAAAUAAAAAAAGGUACUAACUUUACCAGCAUGACAAAAAAAAAAAUCAAUUAGAUGUCAUCAAUUUCUCCAUUCACCAAAAUUUCAUCCAACAUUAAUAUCGCAAGGAUAAAUAAGAUAGUAGUUAUAGUAGCAAAAUCUCAUUAGAUUUUCAACUAUGUAAUUAACUCUUAAUAAACAUAGUUUUAUUAAUUUGUUUA